GUCAACAUAAGUAAAAAAUUAUAUUAUGUAGUACGUAGAUUAUAAUGAGAAACUUAUCAGUUGCACGUCUUUUGUGUCGAAAUGAAGCACGAUUUCAUGCAACAUAUGGAAUAGCUCCGCUCACACAUAGGCAAAUGCAAGAGCGAUUUGGAAAUAAUAGCAAACAAUUGAGAGAUCAAUUGACACUUCUGAAAUUAACAGAGCAGCAAAUGUCGAAAUGGCGACUUAAUAAGUGGAAUUUUCGUGUGCCAUUAAUAAUUGAUGGGGAUAAAAAAGACAAAAUAAUGUUGCAGCUCGAUGUACUGAAAAGUUGUUGUAUCGAGCAGAUGAAGCAGAACAAUGCAGUUGAAGAAGAUAUCCAAUUCGUCUCUUCUGUAACAGGAAUAUCUCCAAACUUAGUUCUACAAAAGAACCGUGCUUGGUUGCAAGAAGAGGCUGCGAAAUUGCGUUGGAUGGGCGAAAUAAACAAGAGCAAAGAUCUUCGUGAUGCUUUUUUGCGGCUUGAGGUGUAUGGUUCCCCUGACUAUCGACUUUUGGAGCGACUUUGUUGUGUCUAUGGGCUUGGGAUGCUUGGAACCUUUGAAGAAGCAUUCUCAAAUCUCAUUACAGAAAAAAACGGCACAGGUGAAUUAUAUGUAGACGAGGGCAAUCCAUUUACAGAAUUGCUGCAAUAUAUUAUGACUCGGUUUCCUCAUUUUGACGUAAUUUAUGAUUUCCUUGGAUUUAAUCCAACUAAUGGUUACCGUGCUUCAUUAAGUCGAUUUUUGUCUGAUUUAUUACAGGAAAAAUACCUUAAUGAGCAAAAUAUGGCAUCGGGAAGAAUUCUUUUCCACAAUCCCAAUAGGAAAGAAAUUUUAUUCGAUUUUGGUGAUAGUAAAAAUACAAUUGGCUUUAAUGAUUCAAUGUUCGGGCUCCCCGAUUUUCUUUACAUAAAAAACAUGGAUUUUUUCCUGAUUAUCAUAGCUUCAAAUAAUCACUGGUUACGAAAUCGGCAAGUUCCACACAAAAAACAACUCGAAGGAAUCGCGCGGAGAGGAAGCUUUGUUUUUGGAAUUCCAAUGGACAAGGUACGAAUUAAAAACAUUUUACUUCCGCCAGAUUAUUUAGAUAAUGCUUCUUUAUUGCGCUUGAUUAAUGCUGUUGUAGAGCUUCCGAUGGAAAAACAAAAAAAACUAAUUCCAUGGCUUUCAUUGUAUGAUAAGAAACUCGAUCCUAACGACGUUGAUUAUUCCGAAUUGUCCACGACUGUUAAUGAAGAGGAAUGGCUUACUUUGUAGGCUUAUUUUUUUUUUGAUUACUGAUUGCUCUAGAAUUUUAUUCUCUCCAAA